UUAAGUGUGUCCUCCCGAAUUUAAUGGAAGCGGUAUACUUAUAUGAAUUACCUUAAUGAUAGGAAAAAAUAUGUUUCUAGGUUUGGGAAGUGCUAUUUACAUUUUUUAUAUCCGGUUUCAUAGGCAUUUAAGCACAGAAGUGAAUUUGCUCAAAAAGUUUACCUGCUGCAUCACUGUAACCGUUAACGUUAAAACGUAACUGUUCGUUGGUGGCAAAUUCGAAGGAGUUUGUCAACGUUUCUUUGUGUAGAUGCUCAUUGAAUAUUUUAUUCUGAAGUGCAGUGAAUCCAGUCUCUUUUUUGCCAGAUGUAUUUUAAAUGAUUUAAUCUUUUUUAUUUAGUCGUCAUGAGUACUAGACAAAAGUACGAGGAACUUAAGCCUAUUAUAAUCGAUUCCAAAUCGAACACAACAUAUCGCCGUGGAAAUUUUUUGGGCAAGGGAGGCUUUGCAAGAUGUUAUGAAUUUAAAAAUACCAAAACAGGUGAAGUAUUUGCUGGCAAAGUUGUGUCGAAAAGUAUGUUGGUGAAGCCUCAUCACAGAGAUAAAAUGUGUCAAGAAAUUGCAAUACACAAAUCUCUAUCUCAUAUGUAUAUUGUGGCUCUGCACAGUUAUUUCGAAGACGAAAGUAACAUGUAUAUCGUUUUGGAACUCUGCCGAAAACGCUCAUUGAUGGAAAUGUGUAAGAGGAGGAAAACUCUAACAAUACCAGAAGUUCGUUAUUUUAUGCGGCAAAUAGUGUUAGCUUGUCAAUAUAUGCACGAUAAUAAAGUGAUUCACAGAGAUUUAAAACUCGGUAAUCUGUUUAUUAAUGAUAACAUGGAAAUAAAGGUUGGAGAUUUUGGUCUUGCAACUCGCAUCGCCUUUGAUGGUGAGAGAAAAUUAACAGUUUGUGGAACACCAAACUAUAUUGCUCCUGAAAUCCUUAUGAAGAAAGGACAUAGUUUUGAAGUUGAUGUAUGGUCACUUGGUUGCAUUAUGUAUACUUUGCUUAUAGGUUCGCCUCCAUUUGAAACAAAAGCACUGAAAAAUACAUAUGCAAAAAUUAAGAAAUGUGAGUAUUAUCUUCCAUCUAGACUAGAUCACAGUGCAAAACAGCUUAUCCAAAAAUUAUUACAUUUAGAUCCUCAGCAUCGGCCAAAUGUAAAUGAAAUUUUGAUGGAUGACUUUCUCACAUCAGGUUAUAUUCCAUCUAGGUUGCCUGCUUCUUGCCUCACAAUGCAACCUAGGGCAGCGAAUAAUAUAUCCAUGUGUGAGAAAUCUUCAGUUUUUGAUCGAAAGCCUUUGACGGAAACUGGGAAUAAACCGGUAUCCAUUCCCGAGCUUACUGCAGCUAUACGCAAUAUGAAAAUUAACCCAUCUGAUGAGAUGCCAGUAGCAAAACCUAAUUUUGAUGAUUUGUGUAUGCCUGAAACAACAAUGCCCAAAGAUUUUCACCUAAGUGAUUUGUAUAAAAUGCUUGAAUCUGUAGUGAAAUGUAACCCUGAACUGAUUUAUACUGGUCAGUCUGAAGAUGCUCAAGACCCAUCUGCUGUACCUUUUAUAUGGAUAAGCAAAUGGGUGGAUUAUACUGAUAAAUAUGGACUCGGUUACCAGCUCAGUGACAAUAGCAUAGGUGUACUUUUUAAUGAUCUUACUCAUCUUAUACUUUUAGGUAAUUGUGAAAAUUUGCAAUAUAUUGACAGAAAUGAUGAAGAACAAUUUUUCACCAUAACAAAAUAUCCUGAAGAUAUGAAUAAAAAGGUUACACUUUUGAAGUAUUUCAAUGGCUAUAUGACUGAAAAUUUAGUGAAAGCUGGUGAAAAUGCGAAACUGCAAGAUGACGAUAUGGCUAAUGUACCCCAUCUUCGAGCUUGGUUUAGAACAAAGUCUGCCAUAGUUUUUCAUCUGACAAAUGGCACUUUUCAAGCGAAUUUCUUCAGAGAUCACACAAAAAUAAUUUUGUGUCCACUCAUGGGUGCAGUGUCUUUCAUUGAUGAGCACAAAAAUUUUACUGUUUAUACUUUCAAACUCAUUGCUAAAUAUGGCUGCUCUCAACUGUUAGCUUCACGUUUACGCUAUGCGAAAAAUAUGGUAGAAAAGUUAUAUAAGGAUUAUGAAUAUCCUGAAACUGUACCAAAGAAAACAGCUCCAUAAUAUAACUUGUUAGAACUUUUACAUAUUUUGAUUAAAAAUUUUUUAUCUUUCAUAGCAAGGUGUUAAACAUCAUUUUGAAAAUUAUUCUUUUUAUGAAGUAUAUAAUUUUUUAGCAUUUAUAACUAUUGUAAAUGCUUUAUUUUGUCUCAAAAUAUUGAUUUUUUUAAGUAAAAAGUGUUUUUAAGACUUUUGUCAGCUAGAACUUAUUUUUCUACAUCUUUGCAUCAUGAUUUUAUAAAUGUAGUUUUAAUUUUAUCGUUCUUGAUUGAAAUACUAUAAUUUGGCUUGAUGC